GCUUAAUUACCACAAACCAUAUAACUGCAAGUAUCAAAAAAGCAAGAAUCGCAUACAUAAACAUAGGCAAAAACAAAUUACUGGCCAUGAUAGGUACUGCCCAACAGGUAAUAUCUCGGUCAUUUCUAUUCAUGAGACAUCCAGAAAGAAAAGAAAAUUCCAAGAAAAAGAAGAUACUUGUCAAGGCAAGCCUAGAGGACAAAAACACGAAAGAAUUAUAUGUCAUUCCAAUCUCCGAUGAACCAUUAAUCAACACAUCUUCCAAAGAUGCCAAUAUGGAAGACAUAUCUAAUCAAUUUCAUAAAUUGUAUUUUGAUAUUGAUGUAGUUAAAGAAAAACUUUCAAAAGAUCUCAGUCAGGCUAUG